AUGGCUUAUAAAGGAAUCAACGGAGAAAAUUCAUAUAACAAUAAGGAAUCUCUAAUCGAGGAGUAGAAGGAUGUAGUAGACUAACCCUCAUUAAUAUUUCGAAAUAAUAGUUCUCGAGCAGGAGUUCGCAAUAAUAAAGACAAUAAUAAUAUCUCUCUUGAUAUAGAGGGAAAUAAAUCUAAUUCAGGAAACUCUUUUAGCAGUUAAAGCAAAUAAAAUUAAAGAUAAAAAGAUAACAGCCAAAUAAAAAUGCAUAAUUCCUCUUAAUCUAGUAGCUUCCUUACAAUACCAAGAGAUGAUACGAGUUAAAUAGUUGUAAAUGAAAAAUAUAAAUAAAAUGUAAUUAGAAAUGAAUAAUGUAUACACGUCAAAGAACCUUUACUCAAAGUGAGACCAAAAUAAGAAGCAAACUAUAAAUUGACAUUCUUCCAAAAAUUAAAAAAUUUAAUUGGCAAUCCAGAUCCUUAGAAAGUUGAGAGAUAAAUAUACAUAAAUGGAGAUAUAUUUCCACAGAACUAUUAAAUAAAUUAAAUUAAAAAUUCAAAAUAUUCUCUUUUAACAUUCUUGCCACUAGUUUUAUGGAAUCACUUCUAAAAUUUUAUGAACCUUCUAUACCUUAUAAUCACUAUAUCUUAGUUUAUAUACGACUUAAAGGUAGGAUAUGUCUAUACUUAUCUCUCGCCUGUCAUUUUUAUUGUUUUUCUAGUCAUGGCUCGAGAAGUAUAUGAUAAUAUUAAAAUAUUCGUGCAAGAUAGUAAAUACAACCAGACAGUUUUUAAAGUGCUCAAUUAUUAAAAUUAAUUUCAAGAAGUUAAAAUCCAAGAACUAAAAAUCGGUUAGAUAAUUGAGCUGUAAGAAGGAUAACCAGCUCCAGCAGAUUUACUAAUUUUGUAUUCUAGCAAUAUAAAUGGUAAUAUUUUAAUCAAGACUGACCAUUUUGAUGGAAAAACAAAAUAAAUUUCAAGAAAGGCUAUUAAUUAUUUUUAGUAAGAUAUAAAAAAACGUUAAAAUGAUUAUCUUCAACUAAUUGAUACAGAUGGUUAUGUUGAAAUUCCACCACCAUCAGCAAACUAUAGCUAAUUCGAAGCUACUUUCUAUCUUAAUGAUGGAUAUAGUAAGUAUAAUGAAAAAAUUACAAUUGAAAAUGCAAUAUGGCAAAAUAGUACAGUAUCAAAUGGAUUUAUUUUAGGUUUGAUUAUUUACACAGGAUCUGAAACAAAAACAAACAUGAACAUGAAAUCGCCAAGAUUUAAAAUAGGAAAAUUUGACUUAGAAGCCAACUUUUUAAUGAAAAUAUUUUUCUUAAUAGUUAUUUUUUAUUCAUGCUUGAUUGUGAUUAUUAAAGGAAACAUAAUGAGUUCUAUAAGAAUAGUAAUUGAUUUUAUAAGAUAUUUAAUUUUACUCUGUAAUAUUAUUCCGGUUUGCUUAAAAAUAAAUCUUGAAAUGGUCAAAAUCUAUUUUACAUUUAGAAUCAAUAAUGACCCAGACAUGGAAGGAGUUAACUUUAAGGAUUAAAAUAUACCUGAAGAAUUAGGGCGAGUUUAAUUCUUAUUAGCAGAUAAAACAGGAACUUUAACAAAGAAUGAAAUGAUUUUUAAUAGAGUUGCUUUAGAAUAAGCAACUUACACUCAUGAAGAUAUGAUUGUCAUGCAGUCUAUUAUUAUCAAUUAGUGUUAAAGAUACUUAGAGCCUCUGGCAAAUUAUCAGCUCACUUCUUCAAAUACCUAAUCAAAUGAUUAUAAAUUUUAGAAGCGUGCUAAAGAAGAAAUAUUUAGAGAUUUAGUUAAUGCAAUGUGUAUUUGUAACACUGUAUCACCUGGGAUAGAGCUAAUAUCAAGAUAGAGUAAAUAUUUAGGUGAAUCAUAAGAAGAAGUGGCAUUUGUAGAAUUUGCUGAGUAAUUAGGUAUUAAAUUGGUGACAAGGAAUGAAGAUACUAUAGGGAUAGAAAACUGUAGAGAAAAUAAAGAUUACUAUUAAAUACUAGACUUAUUUGAGUUCUCUUCAGAAAAAAACAGGAUGGGAAUCAUAGUUAAGCAUUUGAGUAGCUAAAAAAUUAUAUAUUAUGUAAAAGGAUCAGCUAGAGAGAUGUCAGAACUUGUAAUUGAGUCAUCAAGAAAAUUCAUAAAUGAAGAAAGCUCAAAUAUCGGAAGUGAAGGAAUUAGAGUCAUGGUAUUUGCAUAAAAGUAAAUAGACUAAAAUGAUUACAAUAAAUGGAAAUAAGCAUAACUAAAUAAGAACAUAAACGUUAACAUGAGCUCUCCUUUAAUGAGAAAUAAUAUUUAAAACGCUUCCCAAAUGUUUGAUUAAUUUGAAAAAGAUAUGGAAUUUUUAGGUAUAGUUGGUGUAGAAGAUUAGCUUAGAGAUGGUGUUUAAUAAACUAUAGAAACUCUAACAUUAGCAGGUAUUUCAGUUUGGAUUGUAUCUGGUGACAGUAUGCAAACAACUAUAAGUGCAGCUAUUUAAUCUGGAAUCAAAUAAAAUGAUUAACAUUUUAACAUAGUCAAGAAAGUUUACGACGAUAUAGAUAUAAAAGCAAAGCUUAUGUACAUAAAUAGUGACAGAAACUCUAAAAAAUAAAUAUUAGUUAUGGAUGGAUAAUCUCUAAGUGUAGCAAUGGAAGUUGAUAAAAAGUAGCUUGUUAAUGUAUGCACAAGGGCUGCAUCUGUCCUUUUAUGCGAAUGCACUCCUCAAUAGAAGCACUAGAUAAUAGAUCUAAUUAAAUAGUAUACUGAUUAUAGAAUUGCGGCUAUAGGAGAUGGAGCAAAUGAUGUUGGAAUGAUAUAAAGUGCUCACUUAGGAAUUGGAAUAAGUGAUUCUGAUAAUAAAUUGGCAUAGCUGGCUGCAGAUGUAACUAUUCCUGAGUUUUAUUACUUAAAUCAGCUAUUAUUAUGGCAUGGAAGGUGUUACAAAAAAGCUGUCUCUUUGUGUUCUUUUGUAUAUUAAAGAGGGUUAGUAAUUGCUUUCAUCGAAUUGAUUUUUGUCGGAGUAUUUUACACUAUUACAAUAUAAAUAUUUAAUGCUUAAUUACUACUCUGUUAUGCUACCAUAUUUACUAUUUUCCCAGUGCUAACACUAGUUAUGGACUCAGAUAUAGAUAUAAACACAUGUAUCUCAUUUCCUCAACUUUACAAAUCAGCUUUAAAAGGAAGACAUUUAAAUCUAAGAACAUUCUUUUCAUGGAUCUGGAAAGCUGUUUAUCAAGCUACCGUUUUGAUGAUGCUAAUAUUCACUUUCUUCUAAAGAUAAUACUUUUUGAAUAUAGAAACAUUUGUUCUUUUUGAAUUAAUAUUCACAGAGUAUUUUAUGAUUUUCUCUAAAAUUUACUAGAUCAAAAAGAUAAAAUGGAUCCAGGCAUUAUUUAUAGGUAUUUCGCUGAUAAUCUAUCUUUUAAUACUAAUUUUCUUAUAGCCUUAGUUUGAUAUAGGAAACAUAUGGACUUUAUAAACAAUUGGAAUACUUUUAUUGAUAAUUUUAAUAGCAUUAAUCCCUAUGCUUGUAAUUCACCUCUUAAGAAUGAAAAUAGAGCCCACAGAUGAUGAGAAGGUUUUAAGAAGUGCACUUAAUAGAGCUAGCUCAGAGUAACUAUCUCAAUGA